AUGUCCACCGCCACCUCUCUUGACCGCUACAAGCUGAUCUUCUUCGUGCCUGUUGAGAAUGCCGAGGCCUGCAAACAAGCCAUCUUCGCAACCGGCGCGGGCUCGUUCCCUGGCGGCAAGUACACCAAGGUCUGUUUCCAGACCCGCGGCCAGGGCCAGUUUCUACCCAACGAGGGAGCCAACCCGGCGGUUGGAAAUGUGGGAGAGGUCGAGCAGUGCGAGGAGUUCAAGGUUGAAAUUAUGUGUCUGGGGCGACCGGUGAUGCUGGAUGCCGUUCGGGAGCUGAUCAAGGCCCAUCCGUACGAGGAGGUCGCCUAUGAAGUGUAUCGAAUGGAGAAUGUAUAG